CCUGACACAUUCUGUACAGUGACACCUCCAAAAUGCUGGACACCAUGGUUGGAUCGAGAUAACCCCUCUGGAACCGGAGACUGGGAGACCCUCACUGAUCUGCGAAGAGAAAACCCAGGAAAGAUCUGCAAAAAUCCACUUCAAAUCCAGGUCCAAACUACAUCUGGGGCCAGCGUAGCUUCUACAGGAAAUGUUAUUGCUGUAUCUGACACAAACACUGGAUUCGUCUGUAAGAAUAAAGACCAGACUAAGGGCAGUUGCAAAGAUUUCCGUGUUCGUUUCCUGUGCCCUGACACAUUCUGUACAGUGACACCUCCAAAAUGCUGGACACCAUGGUUGGAUCGAGAUAACCCCUCUGGAACCGGAGACUGGGAGACCCUCACUGAUCUGCGAAGAGAAAACCCAGGAAAGAUCUGCAAAAAUCCACUUCAAAUCCAGGUCCAAACUACAUCUGGGGCCAGUGUAGCUUCUACAGGAAAUGUUAUUGCUGUAUCUGACACAAACACUGGAUUCGUCUGUAAGAAUAAAGACCAGACUAAGGGCAGUUGCAAAGAUUUCCGUGUUCGUUUCCUGUGCCCUGACACAUUCUGUACAGUGACACCUCCAAAAUGCUGGACACCAUGGUUGGAUCGAGAUAAUCCCUCUGGAACCGGAGACUGGGAGACCCUCACUGAUCUGCGAAGAGAAAACCCAGGAAAGAUCUGCAAAAAUCCACUUCAAAUCCAGGUCCAAACUACAUCUGGGGCCAGUGUAGCUUCUACAGGAAAUGUUAUUGCUGUAUCUGACACAAACACUGGAUUCGUCUGUAAGAAUAAAGACCAGACUAAGGGCAGUUGCAAAGAUUUCCGUGUUCGUUUCCUGUGCCCUGACACAUUCUGUACAGUGACACCUCCAAAAUGCUGGACACCAUGGUUGGAUCGAGAUAAUCCCUCUGGAACCGGAGACUGGGAGACCCUCACUGAUCUGCGAAGAGAAAACCCAGGAAAGAUCUGCAAAAAUCCACUUCAAAUCCAGGUCCAAACUACAUCUGGGGCCAGUGUAGCUUCUACAGGAAAUGUUAUUGCUGUAUCUGACACAAACACUGGAUUCGUCUGUAAGAAUAAAGACCAGACUAAGGGCAGUUGCAAAGAUUUCCGUGUUCGUUUCCUGUGCCCUGACACAUUCUGUACAGUGACACCUCCAAAAUGCUGGACACCAUGGUUGGAUCGAGAUAACCCCUCUGGAACCGGAGACUGGGAGACCCUAACUGAUCUGCGAAGAGAAAACCCAGGAAAGAUCUGCAAAAAUCCACUUCAAAUCCAGGUCCAAACUACAUCUGGGGCCAGUGUAGCUUCUACAGGAAAUGUUAUUGCUGUAUCUGACACAAACACUGGAUUCAUCUGUAAGAACUCAGACCAGGCUGGAGGCAGUUGUAAAGAUUAUCGUGUUCGCUUCCAGUGCCCCUCAGACUUCUGCACUCAAACAGUUUGCUGGACGAAGUGGUAUGAUCGCGACAAUCCCUGUGGAACUGGGGACUGGGAAUAUCUGAGUGACAUGAGAAAACAGGAUCCAAAAGGAAUCUGUGACAACCCACUCUACAUAGAUGUUGUUACAACUGACACAAAUACCCCAUUUACCUCUACAGGCCAGACCCACUAUGUCUACAGUCCAACUCAAGGAUUUGUCUGUCGCAAUCAAGACCAGGCAGGAUAUCGGUGCCACGACUACAAAGUUCGCUUUGGAUGCCCCUGCAACGGUUUCUCGCCAUAAACUACAUGAUAGAAGCAAAAUAUAGUGCAUUUACUCAGGAUUAUUUUUGCUGUCAUCAUGUUCAUUUAAAAGCAUACACGUUAGGGUUAUGGGUUUCAUGUAAGGGUACCUUUCCAAAACGAGCAGUUCUUGAGGUUAUCACUGGAAGUAUUGUGAGUUUUUCUUUUAACCUUAAUUGUUGCACUUCCAACUGGCUUUGUUUCAGAACCUUUCUUGGAAUAUAUGCAUUUAUUCUUCUAUAUUCACCUAAGCUCCUUUUGAUUGUAAAUGUGAAUGUGUAGUUCCUCAGAAACAAUAUACAUUGUUGUGUACUGUCACUAGCAUAGAGCAUUUAGUGACUGUACUCAAGAUCUUACACGACAUGUAUGCGCAACAUCUACAACCUUUGAGUGUCAAAUUUCUUCACAAUUCAGGCUGCUUUUGCUGAAGUUUGGAAAAUAAAUGCCUGAGGGACAAGUAUGUCUAUUCUUUCUUCAUAUCAUAACAUACACAGUUAGAGCCAUUAAAAGAUGGAGGGAAGGAAUGGAGCGAAUAAAAUAAUGUCAAUAAAAAUAUGAAUUUAU